AUGCCUGAUUGUCUGAUCAAAAUAUUCGCCAUUCGCAACCGAUGCUUUUUCACGUCAUGGCUGGGGACGGUGCAGAAGCUGACAUCGCGCUUGAUUCAAUCCAUCGAUCAAAAUGAGGAUCGCCGCAUCGAUCGCACCGAGACGAGGGCCGAUGGAAUGGGCAACUGGCAGUUUUUGAUGGCCGUGCUCGUGACAAACAAGAUUGUGGACCAGUUGAUGGUUGACAUGAUUAUGAAGCGUUACGAAGAACUGGACGUGGACAAAGAUGGUUUCUUGACCAAUGAUGAUGUUCGCGCUGUGACUCGAGCCGCUGUUGCUGGCAAGGCUGAGGAAGCCUCGCGCGGGAGCCGGGAGGCUUUCAUAGAGGUUCGGGAAAACUCGUCGCUUUAAACUCAACAGGGUAAGCGAUUGGUGAUGGCCCAUGAGUUGGGCGUGCCUUGUAGCAGUUGGGAUACAUUGGAUUCAGAGCCUGAUCAUCACGCCAGCAACUGGCGUUUGCGUUUGUUUAAUCUCCUUCCUGUUCAAACUUGUUUUGACUGCGUCGUUUCACGACAUGAACUUGCGGGACACCAGGAGCUAUUUGUGCGCUCAAUUGACCUACACACCA